AGGUGGAGCAGCUGUCCUUCUCUCCCCCUGUGGAACCUGAGGAAGGAAGUAUGACAGGUCUCUUUGUUCUCACUUGAACAAGGAAAGUAAUGCAGUACAAUUUCAUGGAGAAAUGGAACCAAACUUCAAAUGAAUUUAUUUUGUUGGGGUUGUUACCCCCAAAUCAUAAAGGCCUACUUCUCUUGCUCCUGAUCAUCUCUGUGUUUGUUCUCGCCUGUUUGGGGAACUCAGGGAUGACUGCCCUCAUCUUCUUGGACCCACGGCUCCACACCCCCAUGUACUUUCUCCUCAGCCAGCUCUCCCUUGUGGACCUGAUGUACAUCUCCUCCACUGUCCCCAAGAUGGCCAUCAACUUCCUCUCUGGCCAGAUGAGCAUCUCCUUCCUGGGGUGUGUCAUGCAGAUCUUUUUCUUUGCCACCAUGGCAUGUUCUGAAGGCUUACUUCUGGCCUCCAUGGCCUAUGACUGCUUUGUGGCCAUCUGCCACCCCCUCCACUACCCUGUCUGCAUGAGUAAAAGGGUAUGUGUGAAGAUGAUCCUGGGGUCCUGGACACUGGGCUCCAUCAACUCUGUGUCACACACCACCUACACCCUUCAUCUUCCUUACUGCAGGUCUAGGGCCAUCAAUCACUUCUACUGUGACAUUACAGCCAUGGUGCCUUUAGCCUGUGCAGACACCUCAGUCUACGAGUACAUGAUUUUUUUUAGUACAGUCAUAUUUCUCCUCCUCCCUUUCCUUGGCAUCAUGGCCUCCUAUGGACCGGUCCUUUUUGCUGUCUUCCACAUGCGCUCAAAAGAGGGAAGGAAAAAGGCCUUCACCACGUGCUCCACACAUCUAACUGUGGUAAUAUUUUACUAUGCUCCUUUUGCCUUCACUUAUCUCCAGCCCAAGAGUCUCCGCUCACCCGAAGAGGAUAAGAACAUGGCUGUCUUCUACACCAUCCUCACCCCCAUGCUCAAUCCCAUCAUCUACAGCCUGAGGAACAAGGAGGUGCUGGGGGCCAUGAGAAGAGUGUGGGGGAUGUUCUCCUCUAGGAAGAAAUGAGCAUGGCUGUCCCUGCUCCUCAAUAUUUCCUCCUUCCAUUCAGACUAAGCCCUAGAGCUGCAAUGACCAAGCUAACUGUAAGAUAUAGAGUCAUAGCUUUUGUUGGACACACUUCAAUGUGAAAUUAAUUUACAAUAAAAUGAUCAUCACAUAUAACCAUUUGUAAGGAUUGUUAAUAUAUUAAUUAGUUGAAAACAUAAGUAAUGUUAAAAUUAACUGUUGUAAUUAAUUCUGGUAUUUAUAGUUUGUUAUUAUAACACAUUGUUUGUUCCAAUAGUAUUAUUAAUGUAAUAAAACUUGUACUGAUAUUUACAUGUUUUCAUUUCUGUGAAUUUAUUAUGAAAAUAUCACUUUUAUUGUUGUCAUUCUAAGUCAUCAACCCGUGUGUGCAUUUUAAAUUCAUGGCACAGAGCAAUGGACAGAAAAUGCAUUUCAAGUGUCCACUGCCACAUGGGGCUGGUAUCU